AUGGGCACAGAAGCAAAUGAGCAUGAAAAUGGACAACUUGAGUCAUCCUCAAUUGCCCCGAGCACUGAGGUUCGCAAUCUCGUCUAUCUAAGCUCUCUCCAGGGUGUCGAGACUUCUGGCAUGUUCGGCUACGGGACCGGCGCGGGAAACUCGGCUCGCGACUCCCUGCCUCUCAUUGAGAUCGGAUCAUUUGCUGCUCCACAGCCAGACAGCAGUGAGUUUAUCGGUAGCGCCAGCGGUGUCUAUUUCGCCAACACCGUAUUUCGGGCGUUCUCAAAUGUGCCUGGACCGCCAUCAGAGCCGGGGGACAACUCGGUCACGGGUGAUGAGGUGCCACUGGACCCAGGCUCGGUGCACAGUCAUCUCGUAGCAACCCAGGAACCACGAGAUGUACAGGCUGCAGCCGACGUUAUCGACCCGGCCACGACGAGUAAGGAUGGUGAAGGAGACGCUUGUUGGCCUGGGACGCGUUGCUAUGAUGUCGAUGUCCCCGGCCUAGGGCUGGCGCCACCUCCAGCCACUGCGAGGAGACUCUUGAUGUCGUAUUUUCAACAUUGGCAUCCUUUUUUCCCUUUCCUACACGGCCCCGGCUUUUUCCGCGCAUUGAACCGCUUCUACGAACAGGAAACAGGUGCAACUGUACGUGCCGGUGCCAGCGACGCUGACGCUCAUGCGAGACUGUGCCGAGCGGUCACCUUUCAGUGUGUAUUCAACGUAGCCGCCUGGACGCACGACUAUGAUCAACUUCGGCCUUGUUCGAGGAUUCAGUCCAACUCCGUUCUUAUCAACGCGUUGGGGUCAAUAUCUGAUGGCCAUGAUAUGUCUUCGCUUCAAGCUAUGCUGGCCGCCGUCCUCUUUCUCACAACUCGGAUGUCGCUGAGGGCUGCAUCGACAGUCCAUGGCAUGCUGACUCGGAAUUUAUACCAUUCCGGGUAUCACAGGUGCCCGUAUCGAUAUGUGCAGCUCCCACAUGAGAUGUGUGACAUUCGAAAGCGCAUAUUCUGGGCAGCAUAUGUACUGGACAGACAACUGAGCCAGGCCUUGGGUCACCCCACUGCGUUUCGCGACUCCGAGAUAGAUGUCUGCAUUCCUGGGAUGGUUGAACUUCAUCAGCCUGUCAGGUCCCAGGACAAUCGCGAAGACGUACAAGCGCACCUUCCCAAAGGAUUCACACCGCAGCACCGGAGUGCAGGUUUCGAUGACACCGAGAACGGCUCUGCGGGUCAGGCUCAUCCAGCACAAGGCGAGGACAUAUCGAUUCAGAGCCCUGCCCAUGACCGCCAUCCCAGCUCAAAGGAAGGCACUGGAGAAUAUGUCCUAGGUUAUCUAGUUACCUACUCCCGCCUGCUCGGCAGGGUUCUGGAUGUGUUCCACAGAUCGAUACACCAGCGCGAUGUUACUUGGACAAAAGUCUUGGAGAUCACCUCACAAGCACAUGCUUGGUGGAAUAGCCUCCCUAUUGCUCUCCAGGAAGGCAUCGACGCACCUCAAUUGGAAUCUACGCCACCAUUCAGUGUCUUCCUCUCGGUUUUGUACCACUACCUCAUUAUUCUCAUACAUCGUCCGUUCUUGUCUUUGCCAACCAACAGAAGCGAUUUCCAAUACAGCCUUCAGACUGCUCUGGGAGCAAGUCGGUCAAUUAUACAACGACUUCAGUCGUGCAAGUUCACACAAAAGCAAGAUAGGCUGAUUAUGUGUUGGCCGCCCACCCUUUCAGCUGUGUGGAUGGCUGGCCUAGUUGUUGCGUUGGCCGGGAGGACGGACCUCUAUCCCUCACAAAAGGCAAUCUGGAAUCUAGACCAAUGUCUCAGUCUACUAGAAGCCAUGAGCCCGCGAUGGAACAGUGCGUGCCACUGUCGAUCUGGGCUGAGCAUGCUCCGCCUUAAGCUGUCAGUACGCUCUGACCAAAGAUCAAAAGAAACACAACACAAAAUUCCGGAUCUACAGCCUCUCGCAGCUACUGGUAUCUCAUAUGGGCUUCCGACAGCUCUCCGCGAGACGCGGGCCCCGAAACGGCGAAGGCUCGAGAAUGAGCUUGCAGACCAGCUCCAAACCUCGAUCAGAUCUUCCUUGCAGCCUCAAACUGUUAAUCUCAGUCAAGAAUCGCCCGAUGUGCAGCUCUGGCAGCCGGUCCUUCCAUAUAUUGGUCCUGACUUUGGGUUUGAUGCUGAGAUCUUGGGUGCAGGUGGGUCUUUGAGUGGUCCAGGAUUCGACGCCGUGGGAUCGAAUGCAGACCCUGGAGCGUUGUUCAACACACUCGCAUGGGAUGCAUACAUGAACGGACUUGAAGAUCGGUACAAUCUGUAG